UCUUCUCAUGAAUCUCAUCUCAUCCCAUCCCAUCCAAUACACUCAUUACUCACUCAUUAGCCGCCUUUGCUUACCAUAUUCUUUUCCAACCAUCUAUAUAAGAGCAUCACGCCCUCAAGAACUCCAGUAUAGCAAUCAACCACUUCAGCUUUUUCCCGCUGAGAAGAAAAGAAAAGAAAAGAAACAAUCACGUGUAGCUUAGCAUGGCAAAGUUGGGCCGGAAUAUGGUACUGUUUUUCGUGGUCUGGGUUGCCGCGGUGGCGAGCGGAGGGGCUCGAGGGCAAGGGACGAGGGUGGGGUUCUACUCGAGGACGUGCCCGAGGGCGGAGGCGAUCGUGCGGUCGGUGGUUCAGUCGCAUUUCAGCUCCGACCCCAGCAUUGCGCCCGGGAUACUGCGGAUGCACUUCCACGACUGCUUCGUCCACGGCUGCGACGCCUCCAUCCUCCUGGACGGGCCCACCUCCGAGAAGACCGCGCCGCCCAACCGCCAGCUCCGAGGGUUCGACGUCGUGGAUGACGCCAAGGCACAGUUGGAGGUCGCUUGCCCCGGCGUCGUUUCCUGUGCCGACAUCCUCGCUCUUGCGGCCCGUGACUCCGUUGCCGUGCAGACGAAUGGGCCUUUUUGGAGUGUGCCGACCGGGAGAAGAGAUGGGAGGGUGUCGUUGGCAUCGGACGCCGCCAAUUUGCCGGCUUUCAACGAUUCGGUGGCCGUGCAAAUUCGCAAGUACGACGAGAAGGGUCUCAACGCUCAGGACCUCGUAGCUCUUUCUGGAGCCCACACGAUCGGGACGGCAGCGUGCCAGCUGUUCAGGUACAGGCUGUACGGCUUCCCGGGCGCGGCGAGCGGAGCGGAUCCGUCGCUGGACGCGGCGUUCGUGCCGCAGCUCCGGGCGCUGUGCCCGCAGAACGGGGACGGGGCGAGGCGGGUGGCGAUGGACACCGGCAGCCCCAACCGGUUCGACGCCAACUACUACGGCAACCUGAGGAGCGGGCGCGGUGUGCUGGAGUCCGACGCCGUGCUGUGGGCCGACGCAGGCACCAGAGGGCUGGUGCAGCGCUUCCUGGGGAUUCGGGGGCUGGCGGGGCUGACUUUCGGCGUGGAAUUCGGGAGGUCGAUGGUGAAGAUGGGCAAUGUUGAGGUCAAGAGCGGAGCUGCGGGAGAGAUUCGUACACUCUGCACCGCUGUCAACUGACCUCUAGCUAUAGUCCACGAAAUUAAAGUUUACGCGGAAAAGUCAAUUUUCUCUUACAUUUUCUCCUAAACGUUGACUAGGCAAAUAUUUAUUCGGGGAAGUGUGUGUAUAUUGUAAGAUUGUUCUUCUCGGGGAACAUUCGUGUAAUUUUAAACAUCUUACUUGGAUUCUGUAAUGAAAAUGUACGUAUUGCUAUGCAAUUGUGCACUCGAUUAAUUAAACGGGAUGGUAUAGUG